GUCUGGGUCUUGCUUCCGCGUUUUGACGCUCCGGGUUAAUUCUGGUUCCUGUGAAGUGGAUCCGGACUCAGUGUGGACGGACCGAACCCGCCUCUGCCCCUCGGACCCCCGCGUGUCCCUGAAGCCCACCGACGGUUUGAUUCCGGUUUGGAGCGCAGACGUGAAGUCUGAGUCCUGAACACAGACGACGUCUCUUUCCUGAAAACCUGAGCGUGACCUGUUGUGCGUCUGGGCAGCCUGGCUGCCUCCCUGCAUCUAGAUGAAUGAAGAACACUCCGGGACUCAGAGACACAGCUGAUACAGGGCAUGAAGGUGUUUCUGUAAAUAUGAUGAAGAAGAAGAAUCCUCACAAGAAACACAAGAGCAGCCUGAGUCCGACCACCAACGCUCUGUCGCAGCCUCAACGCAGCCUGGUGGGCAGCCGGAUCCAACACGUGUGGAAGGAGGGGGGGGGCCACGUGGUCUGGAAGGGAACGGUGCUGGACCAGGUGCCAGUGAACCCGUCGCUCUACCUGAUCAAGUACGAUGGCUUCGACUGUGUUUACGGUCUGGAGCUGCACAAGGACGAGAGGAUCCAGGGGCUGGAGGUGCUUCCUGACCGGCUGGCUAAAUCCCGUGUGACAGACGCCAGCCUGGCAGACACCAUGAUAGGGAAAGCGGUGGAGCACAUGUUUGAGACGGAGGAGGGUCCGAAGGAGGAGUGGCGGGGGAUGGUUCUGGCCCGAGCUCCCAUCGUGACCACCUGGUUCUACAUCACCUACGAGAAGGAGCCCGUCCUCUACAUGUAUCAGCUGCUGGACGAUUACAAAGCAGGAGAUCUGCGCAUCAUGCCCGAAUCCAACGACAGCGUCCCGACGGAGCGGGAGCCCGGGGAGGUGGUGGACAGCCUGGUGGGCAAACAGGUCGAGUACGCCAAAGAGGACGGCGGCAAGCGAACCGGCAUGGUCAUUCACCAGGUGGAGGCCAAGCCCUCCGUGUACUUCAUCAAGUUUGACGACGACUUUCUCAUUUACGUCUACGACCUGGUCAAGACCUCGUAAAACCUGACGUUGACAUCUGGAGUGGGACCGUAGAACAAAAUGAAAAGGUUGCUGCAGAAGAACAAAGGACAGAUGCUCAGUGAAGGUGAAGCCUCAUCUACGACCGUCUGUGACUCUUAAAAUGGACAAAAUUAAAUUGGCCUUGGAUUUAUGUUACUCUCCCAAAGUCUUUGAAAGAAGGAAAUCUGUCUGGAAAUUCAGUUUUAAUCCCGUAUUUCAGUUGAAGAUGAAACGAGGCGUUUUAGAAACUCACAUUCUGAACAAAGAUUUGCUGACAACUUAAAAUCUGUUUCAUCCCCUGAACCUCAAAAGAGAAUCCUUCUUAGUGUCUGGUUUCAUCCAGUGAGCUGCAGAGGAAGAUCUCCGGUGUGGCUGACGUGUGAUUAAUGAGCAGAACUAAUGAUCAUAACACGGAAAAGUUUGACAAAGAAACAAGACCGAUCGUGACCCCAGAAUAAGAGGAGACUCCCAGAGAGGAUGAAAAGUCUGGAGGUGAAAGAAAGACGAGAAGGAGGCGAUUCUUGGUCCAUUAAAGCAAAAGCAAGAAAAAAACUCACAAUUAGUCAAAAUUAGUGAAAACAACCUUAGAAAUAGAUAUAACUCAUAAAUAUGACUCGACAAUUUCUGUAAAACUGAGAUUCAUGAGACAAGAAACCAAGAGAGUUGUUUAAUUAUUCUGAACCCUGUAUACGAGUGUGAGUUGAUUAAUUAUUAAAAUAAUAAUAAUCAUUAUCAUCAUGGAUGAAACAUGACACUUUUGCCAUUUCUGAAAGAAGAGUCUUUAAAAAAGAUCCAAAAAGGAACCAGAGAGUUUGAGCCGAGUGGGAUUCUAUUGUUUUUCUAUUGUACAGAAGCAAAACAGAGUUUCAUGACAUCUUGUGCUUAUUGUCCCGGCUCCACUUCACCAACAUGAAGCUCAACAGAUCAAACUCAAUCUGUCUCUCAUCUUAAACCCUGUCGUGAAGUCCUGUGAUGUUGAGGACGAUCGGACUUUCUGGUGAUUUCACUGAAGCCUUUGGACUCGUGUCUUUUUCUAGAAGGUCGGUGAAGGAUUGAAAAGGACGGAGUGUCCUCUGCACCUUGUUGUAAUGUUUGGGUAAAAUCUGCAUUUCUGUGGGUUCCUCUUCUUCUGACGUCAAAACGGAUUCAAGGAGCUGGAAACUGGUUUAAUGCACCUUUAGAAACUGGAGGAUGAGGAGAAGAGUCCCUGGACAGCUCAUGACUUUUGACGUCGCUGGAAUUUACCAGAAAAAACGACCUCAUUCAGUUCAGUUUUCAGACUUCAGUUUACUACGAUCGGUCGAGAAGAGAAUGUUACUGAAAGGAAAGCAUCAGUUUGUAUUUACACACAAACCAAAAGGUCGUGGACUCCUUGUGGCGUAGAUCCCACAUCCUCCUGGUCGACUGAAGGAACCAGACGUUUCCCUCAGACGUCUGUUCUGCAGCACGUCGGCAGUCGGAGGAAACUGUCGGUUGUGUCUGGUAAUGAAGAGGUUAAGACGAAGUGAAGGUUUAAAUUUACUUUCGAUUUGCUUUGAUUUGAUCGAGACUGAAUGUUUUUCAUAAACCUGCGUUCUGUUCAAAGCUUCACGUUUAAAAGAUUUAAUUUUAUUAUCGUGAAAGAACAUUUGGAAGCUGAUGUCAUUUUCCUCCCAAAUAUUUCUACAUUGGGGUAAAAAGGAAACCAGUAAAGACCAGUGACUGUAAAUAAAGAUGGACGACACUUCUCCACUUCCUCCUGUUUAGGUUUCGAACGCUGCCGUCUCCAACUGGUGACGUUAUGUAAAUGUCCCGUCCAUACACCUGCUCGACCAAUCAGGAGUCAGAACCUGUUUAUUCAUGUGUUUCUGAUCAGUUUGGUUUUAAUUAGUUAAUUGAUCAUAUGAAAACAGACUGAGACGUCUUGAUUGACAGCUUAGACUGACUCCUGAUUGGUCAGGUGCAUGUAUGGGUGGGACCUAGAUAAUACAGCUCUACUUCCUGAUCACCACUUCACAGACUCGGACUCUGAAUGUUCAAAGCUGUCCAGGAUGUUUUGGCUUAAUUUCCCGAUAGUGGGAGGAAAUGCAGAUGGGUCCCCCAUCUUUAAUUAGUCUGUGCUCUCAACCAAUCAGAUGUCUGCACUGCUCAGAACCCAGCUGUUUCUGUCAAACCUUCAGUCUUUGUGCUUCCUGUGAUGUCGUUAGUUGCUGAGGCAGAUUCCAGCUCUUAUUGUAACUGCACUAAAAAACUGAGGUCUGCAGGUUUCUGAUCAUCUGAUCCAGGAUCAGUUCAGUAAGGAGUCGUCCCGAAGCUUCGAGUCACAGCGAGUCACGUCCAGUUCAUUUUAAUAUUCAAAUACAAACGGUUAUUAUUAUUGUUGUUGUUGGAAUGACCUCGGCCUUCUGUCAUCCUUCUGCCUUGUAAUGUUUGUUUUUGUAUGUUUUAAAUGUAUGUUAAUAAUUUUUAAUGUUAAUGGAAAACCUGACGUCUUGCGUCUUCUUUCCAAACAUCUUCACAAGUCUGACAUCAGCCAGCAGGACGGGUCUGCUGCUCUGCUCAAAGGCACUGAGGCAACAUGCAGCGGUAGAUUGAGUAAAUGAUGGAGUCGUUUGUCAGAAGUCAAACUAAGUCUUCGUCUUCUCAGGACGAGUCAGCAGGAACAAUUCUUUAACAUUUCUCUACUCACUUUUAAAUACUUUGAAAUGUAUAAAAACCUUCACAUCAA